GUGUGAAUGUGGUGUUUCAAGUCUUUGGAUGUUAGUAUCACAUUGUCUUUUCUACUUCCUGGUACGUUCUAGAGCGAGCGUGCUAUUGAAAAAGAAGUGACUACAAAUGGUUUCGUCAGAUGCUACACGGGUCUUCAUCAUAAUUUGUUUAAUUGUCAUUCUGUGGUGUCAACACUCCAAGAGUAUCUAUCUGAAUCAAAUAGCCGUCCAUAUAGAAGGGGGGAGUCACAUAGCAGAUAAAACAGCAACCAAACAUGGAUAUACUAAUAUGGGACAGAUUGGGGAAUUAAAAGAUCAUUAUCUGUUUUACCAUCCUCGCAUUAGUAAAAGGUCUGCAUAUCCAAACCAUGAGCACCACCAGCUGUUAUCUAAAGAACCUCAGAUCUUAUGGUUUGAACAACAGAGGGCCAAAAGUAGGGUGAAGAGAGAUUUCAGUGACUUCAAUAAUUUUACUGAUCCUCUAUGGAAAUUGCAAUGGUAUCUGAAUGGGGGAGGUCAUAAAGGUAACAGUGGAAACUACGACAUGUCCGUUAAGGGGGCGUGGCGGUUAGGGUACACAGGAAAGGGGGUAGUGGUCAGUAUCCUCGACGAUGGAAUUGAACGGACCCAUGACGACCUAAAGGAAAACUAUGAUCCAUAUGCCAGCUAUGAUGUCAACAACAAUGACCCCGACCCGAUGCCUAGAUAUGACCCUUGGAACGAAAACAGGCAUGGAACGCGUUGUGCUGGGGAGGUUUCGGCAAAAUCUAACAAUAACAAGUGUGUGGUGGGGGCUGCCUACAACUCCAGGAUAGGAGGUGUACGGAUGUUGGACGGUGAUGUAUCAGAUGCAGUAGAGGCCGCCUCGCUAAGCUUCAACAGGACACACAUUGACAUUUACUCCUCAUCCUGGGGGCCGGGUGAUGACGGUCGAGUUGUGGAUGGUCCAGGUCCCUUGGCCAAAAAAGCCUUCAUCACAGGCAUAGAACAGGGACGAGGCGGUAAAGGCAACAUUUUUGUGUGGGCCUCGGGUAAUGGAGGUAGUGCCUUCGACAGCUGUAACUGUGAUGGAUACACCAACAGUAUCUACACUCUCUCCAUCAGCAGCACGUCAGAACACGGACGUAAACCCUGGUAUCUGGAGGAGUGUUCCUCAACCCUCGCUACUACCUACAGCAGCGGAGCCUAUGAUGAAAAAAAAAAUCUUGCGACAUGGGUGUUAUUCCAGAUAUCUACAGACCUACACAACCGGUGCACCACUACUCAUACAGGGACCUCAGCCUCCGCUCCGCUGGCCGCCGGUCUGGUGGCCCUCUUACUUGAAGCAAACUCGAAGUUGACGUGGCGAGAUGUUCAGUAUAUCAUAUUGUUGACCUCUAAUCCCGACCCUAUGGAGGAUGGUAACUGGGUCACAAAUGGCAAGAAAAGAAAAGUGAGUCUGCGGUACGGUUAUGGUCUGAUGAAUGCCACAGCUAUGGUGGAUUAUGGAUUGAGGUGGAUCAAUGUUCCUCCCAAACACAUCUGUGCAGUUCUCAGUGAUGCUAAUAAUGUGAACUUGAUGGGCCCCCCAUACACCAGUCUAGUGACUACAGAUGGUUGCCGAGGCACUGCCAAUGAAGUCAACUAUUUAGAACAUGUUCAGGCGAAGUUGACCUUGACCUAUUAUCGUCGUGGUAAUCUGGUCAUUCAUUUGACAUCCCCCAGUGGUACUAAAUCUACACUUCUCCCCAAACGACCCUCAGACGUGAGCAAAGGAGGGUUCAAUCAGUGGGCGUUUCUGUCUGUCCACUUUUGGGAGGAAAACCCCACAGGGACAUGGAAGUUAGAGAUUGCGGAUGAUCACCCAACAACCAGCUGGCCCAAACCUCCAAACGGGGUCAAAGGACAUCUUAUAGCAUGGUCACUGAUUCUUCAUGGAACAGAGGACAAUCCAAUCCGACUGAAAUCUCCAGAUCAAGGAGGCGUUGUUUCGCAACCUGCCACAUCCCCGAUAACAAUGACCACAUUAUCCCCGAAAUGCCACGAGGAAUGUCUAGAUAACUGUACUGGGGGUCGUUCUGAUGACUGCAGGGAGUGUCGAAAUUUACGUAUGGGUUUGUUAGGUGCCUGUGUGAAGGAGUGUCCCCAUGGAUACACUGAAAACCAGAAGAUGUGUCUACCAUGUGACUCUAAGUGCAAGAACUGUACAUCUAAGUAUGGCUAUCGUCCACACUGUUAUGCCUGUCGUGAUGGCUAUUUCUUGUUACCAGAGGAGGGAAAGUGUUCAGUAGAGUGCCCCGGGGGAUACUUCUAUGGGAACUCAGACCACAGGGUGUGUAAAAAGUGCAACAAUAUGUGUGAGACCUGCACACAAAACAAGGACAAAUGUACCAGCUGUCCUCGAACUUUGACCCUGAUGGAUGACAAAUGUCAUUUUCCAGAAAGCAUUUGUUCUAAGGGUUACUACCAGUUCAAAAACCAGUGUGUACUGUGUGAUGCAAGCUGUCUACAGUGUAAAUCCAAGGACCAGUGUGUUCUCUGUCAUCCUCAGAGUUUCUUUCACCAGGGGAAAUGCCUACGUGACUGUCCCAAUGGUUAUCGCCCGUACAGCGUGCAAAUGGACAAGUCUACCGCGCAAACAGAAUGUCGUACUUGCCAACAUGGAAACUGUAGUGGCUGCAUAGAAGAUUUUGUGAUGGAAGAGGGCAUCUGUCAUCGACGAAACUCUUGCUUCAAACAGCAGUAUUACGAUUUCAUUCACAUGAAGUGUCAGAAUUGUUAUCCUCGAUGUAGCACGUGUUAUGGACCAGGGUCACAUGAGUGUUUGUCAUGUGAGGCUCCGCUAGCAUACCACUCAUAUCUACAAACCUGUGUCACGUGUUGUAAGGACAACGAAAAAGAGGGGUCCUGCUGUAACUGUGAUAAUCAAGGUAGCUGUUUAAUGUCCGAGAAAGAAUCUCAACACUCCUCACAUAAAACCGUGAUUGCGGUACAAAAGACGGUCAUUGUUGUAGCGAGUCUUGCGAGUGUCAUUGUCGUCAUUGUUGCUAUAGUUAUUGUCUACACGGCCUCUAGAAAAUCUAAAUUGACCGACUGGUGCUACAAGAAUGUUAGAAGCAAAUUCAGCAGAGAAGUAACUUUUUUCUCCUUACAUAAAAAUCAUCAGAAACAGAACGAAAGUACAGAAGACGCUGUUUAUACAAUUAGUACUGGAUGAUUGCAGGAAAAUCCUGUUUAUAAUCAGCUUUUCCCAAUAUUCACAAACACACUUAUGCUCUCGAUAAUGGAACUUCCAAGUAUAUUGCAUUUAUUAACUACUCGAACAACAAAAGCAAAUGGUCGAAGGAAUUUCAAUGAGUUUCGAAAACCAAUCUACGAAGCUAACACCAGAAAAAGUAGUCUUACGCAAUGCAUAAAUGGAAGAAAGAGCAAUCCCGUCUGCGCAAAACCAGCGACGUUGUUGACAAACAUAUCCUGAUGGACUGUAGUAAAGUACAAAUUAAUAAAAUAUAUGGCAAGUAGUAGAAUUCAUUGUCAAGUCUGAGAUUUUAUUUUAUAUAUGGACAUUUGCUUGAUUUUAUAUUCCUUACAUAAUAGAUGCAAAAUACAAUUACCUGUCACUGAAGGCAAUCAAUGAUUAUUUUUGAUAUUUGCAUUUUGGAAUAAUUAAAGAUUGUUUGAAUGAUA